UGACUUUUUACCAUCAUCGCGACCAUUACUCUUGUCUUACAUUUAACUUAACUUACCUACCACGUAAAUAGUGUGUGUGUGUGUGUCGCCGUUAGCUCCUUGUUGGAUUAUAUCAUUUCUAGAUGUCCAGCAGUGGUUAUAAGAUAUAUUAAUAGUUUCCAUACAUUUUUUAACAAGAAGAUUUAAAGUCCCAUAAAAAUAUGCAUCUAGUGCAUAUUACAGUGCAACAUCUAGAAAAAAGAAUAAAAAUAAUAAUAAAAAAUUUGAGUCUUGUAAAAGUUGAGUUUAUAGAUGAAGAAGAUGAAACACCUCCUUUAUUUUUGGAAGAACAGAUAGCAAAUAAAAUGUGUGAAGAAUCAAAUCGACAUAUUCCACAAAAAUUUUCCAAUUUUUUCAGAAGUCAUCGUUAUCAUCCCUAUAAAUUAUCAGUAAUCGAUACUAAAAAAUCGAAUGCAGCAUCAUCAGCUAUACAUAGAGAAAUCAACACAGUUCCUCCUAAUCGCAACACUGGACCUAUACCUAUACUCAAAACCUUUUAUUCUCAGGAACAACAUUCUUUUAAUAACAAUAACAAUAACAAUGAAACAUUUGUUGGGGGAUUACAAGAAAAAAGUUUAAAAAGAAGUAUGCAAAAGCAUAAAGAGCCACCUGUAACAUUAAUGAAAAAAGUUAGGAACGCUGAUAAAAUAGUUACCGUUAACAAAACAUUUCAUAAAUGUAGGUUUUGCAGUAAAACUUAUAUACGUCCAGGUUAUUUAAUAAAACAUGAAAAACUUCACACUGAUGACUUAUCACCUUCUAAAGCAAAAAAUAUAACAAAGUAAAAUGGUUGGAUAGUAUUCAGUUAAAGUUUCAUUAAUUUUUGUUCUUGUAAUUAAUUUUUUUAUGUUUUGUAUUAUGAAAUACUCAAAUUAAAUUGUUAUUGACUUCUAAUAAAUUAUUAUAGUUUUUGUAUAAAAAUUCUUA